UGGGUUCUGCAGAGAGGGAGCAGCGGCUUGGGAAGUCACCGAGCGGCCGGUGGGGCAUGGAGCUCGCGCUGCUGCGCGCGGACGACGCGGGGCCGGGCAUGGAUGGGGAGCCGUUUCGUAGCCGCCAAGCGCCUCGGAGGAGAGCUCCCUCACGCGGUGCUCACGGGAAAGGCGUUCCUUAUCUGCACAGUCCUUAGAAAGCAUUGGACAGCAGCCUGGGUUGGCGUAAGGCGGGGAUAGUAUCCUAUCCAGUGUAGUACUAGCAUCGCUUCGUCAAGUAAAGGUGGAGCGAAAAUUUGGUCGAAGCGUGCAAUCCCCAGGGAUAACCUACUGGGCAAGGGCCAGAACAAAAUAUGUCCACCUGCUUUUCUUUCCUACCCUUUCUACCGCCCUCUUGUCUCUCUUCCUGCUCAGGAGGCUGCCAGAGAAGGCACCGCUUGCCCUGCCUGGCCAAGAGGUCUGAACAGUAGGUUUGCAAGGGCUUACGAAACUGAGCAGAGGCCAUAUUUUAACUAGCCAUAUUCUAUCUAUGCUUGCCUGUAUUUAUUUGUUACACUUAUAAAGAAGCCCAGGACAGUGUACACAAGCUUCCUUCCCUCCAUUUUAUCCUCAUAUGAACUCUGUAAGGUGGGUUAGGGUGAGAGUUAGUAACUGGUCAAGUGGGGAUGAGAACCCUGAUUUCCUGAAAUGCAGGCCUUCAGUCUAACCAUUAUACUAUACUGGCUUGUCUACCAGGUGCUUGAAAAAACAAUUUGAAAUAUACUUUUAAAGGAUUGCUCCUAGGAAGAGUUAUGUCAGGAAUUCAAAACAAGACUAGUAAAUCAUAAAAGCACAUAGCUGUAUUUCUGAAACUUGAGCACAGCCUAUGCUCAUCCUGAAAAAUUUAGUUCCCACAUAAACACUAAAUAGGGUUAAACAAGUAAUUUGUAAAAGUCAGUGGGACAGUGACAGUAGGAAGACUAAGAUCUCCCCUCUUAGUCAAUGGCAUUGUGCCCAACCUGGAGCCCUGUAGAAGUUGAGAACUUCAACUCCCAUUACCCUUAGUCAGCACAGCCAGUGGCCAGGAGUGCUGGGAGUGUGUAAUGGCAGGGCCCCGGGUGGAGAAGGCUUGAUGAAUGGCAGCACAGUAAAAAAUAUCUGUCCUAGCCAUGUUUACUUGCAAAGAAGUCCUAGUCUGUUUGCCAGAAUUUGUUCUUUAUGUAGACAUAGGAUUCUGGCCUAAACAAUGAAACAUUGGCUUUGAGACUGUGAAAAAGCCUUCUGCUUAAUGUGCAAACUAAUCAGGUAUCUGAUAAGUGGCUUUUAGAUGCAUCAAAGGUCUCAUGCUUGUGUAGAAAGAAAAAAGUCCUGUGUUCCCAGCAUUUCCAUGCUUAGAGUUGUAGAACCUUUUUCUGCCUAAUCGUGCAUAGGAUGGUAGCCUAAAGCUGUGUGUGGUUAACUUGAAUCAUGGAUAUAUAUGUGUGUUUAGAAACAUAAAAACAGAGCGAGUCAGAAGGGGCCUCCCAGCUCACAACAUGCCCACCACACGACAUUUGCACACACACGCGCACACACACACUGUCUGGAAGCUGGUAGUAUAGUGGUAUAUUUUGAAAUAUGGUAGUAUGCAUCUGUUAUGGGAGUUAAUUACACAAGGCUUUAGGUUACAACUUAAACAGGUGUGAUUGUGUAUGAUAUUAUACAAUAUUGUUGCAAGUGUAUAAGGCUUCAGCUAAAGAUUUCCAGGAGAUUAUUUUCACAGCACCAGGAAGAAACAGUUUAUCUCAAAGUCAGCUAAUGGGUCUAGUGGGUGGUCCCUUAAAAAGCAAGCCACUCCAAAACAAAUUGCAUUACAGCAGAGAUAAGUCGCAAUAAUAUAUGUAUGGGAACAUCCAUACACACUAACUGCUAUAAGGAUUGCAGCUCACCUUGAGCAACAGAGAAGCCCCUGUGCUUGGACAUUGUGACCCCUGCAGAACUGUUAAGUGCUGCCAAGUCAUCUGUGAUUUAUGGUGACCCUAUGAAGGAGAGCUCUCCAAAGUGUCCUAUCCAUGACAUCCCUGCUUAGCUGCUCUAAAUUCAAGAUUACAGCUUAUUUUAAGGAGUCAAAUCCAUCUUAUGAUUGGGUAACAACACUACUAGAAGAUAAUGGCAAGACCUCCACUUCUUCAAUUUUUGUCAGGUGCUUGGGAUGUUUGCUGUUAGUUAAACUGAGCUUUGCAGGCAAAAAAGCCAAAUUACUUAUUGAGACAAUUUACCCUCUUUGGAAUUAGCAGCUGAUUAAAUUGGCCUUUCAUACUUGUUCUGCUGCCUCAAAUGAACUGAUAAAGCAGCCUUCACUAAUACGGUGCCUAUGGAUUUUGGGGGGUGACUUUCAGCAUGCCUGACCUUUGGCCAUUCUGGGACCAGUGACAUGAAGAUUUAUAUAUGCAAGGUUUCACUUACCCCUAACCUGCAGCCCUGAAAAAAAGUCUUGUGGGGCCUGUGAAUCCAUUCUGAUCAGGAAUGAUCCACUUUGAAUAGGCUGAAUCCUGACCCCUCUCCAUUCCAACAAGGGUAGACUGCAGAAAUGACAGGAUAUUUCUUCAUACAGUUUCCUUUCCUUCUAGUGGUGAAAUUGAAGUUUCAUCUUCAAUCAACUAAAAUGCAUACUGCAAAGCCCAGGAUGGUGGUUCCUUAUGGCCUGAAGACUCUGCUUGAGGGAGUAAGCAGAGCUGUUCUCAAAGCCAGCCCCUCCAACAUCACUGAGUUUGCUGCUGUCUAUUUCAGGGAGCUGAUAAUUUUUCGAGAAGAACAUCCUAAUUUGGACAUUAAAGACCUGGUGAGGGAAUUCCAUGCCACUAGAGUGGAGGGAUGGGCUGAAGGGACAGCUGCAGCGACCCCCGUACCCCGUUCCAAACGGGCUGAUGUUGGAGAUGCAUUUCGAUCAGACUUAGAUACGACUCCAAUUUCUGAUGAACCCAAACGGAAGGAGAAAUCUACCGACACAGAAGAGGACCAGAUAAAUGAAGAGCCUCAACGUGAACUGAGCACCAAGACAACCCAAUAUCCGUCAACUGUUGAUGAAUUUGUAGAAAAAGCUGGGGACGAAAAGGGAGCUGGUCUCGCCUACGUACCAGCUGAUCCAGCCCAGCUAGCAGCACAGAUGCUAGGUAACGUUGAAAUGAUUACUUCUGAGCCUGAAUUGAAGGACGUGGCAAUAUCUGUGCAGACCCUUCCUACGUUGUCUCACAGUGCAGAGAAUAUUGCAGCUACCCUGGCACCUGCCCCAACCCCUGAACCCAUACUGGCAGAAGCAGCUGCUGAAGAAGAAGCAGAACCUGCCCCAGCAGAAGCGGAACCAGAACCUGCCCCUGCAGAAGCAGAACCAGAACCUGCCCCUGCAGAAGCAGAAGCAGAACCUGCCCCUGCAGAAGCAGAACUUGCCCCUACCCCUGCAGAAGCAGAACCAGAACUUGCCCCUGCAGCUUCUGUGCAGUCUGUCCAGGUGGGGUCAGCCACUCAGAGCCAGACCUCCGCUCCUGGGGAGGCCGUUACCUCAGGCAGUCAGGCUGAGCUACCUCCCGCUGACAUAGUAGAGCAAACUUCCUCCGUCCCCUUGCAGGAAGAACCACCCCCACCAGCACCACCACCUCCUCCUGAUAAUGACCCAUUGCAGGCUGAACCUUGCCCAAGUGAAAUUGAGCUCACGUCAGACAUACAUAUCACACCCAUGUGCGAUGAAGACCCUGAGGCUGGUGGAGAGCCGCCGCCGCCGCCUUAUGUAGAGCAGUUUCCACAGCAGAUAGUCAUUCCUUUCGUAGACACGGUAGCAUGUCUCUUAGAUCCGCUAACCACUUCGCUAAAUGCAGGCCAGUUUACUAGUAUUCUAGAUCCAUCUGCAGAUGAUGCAGAAUGUGACCCUGACAAGGUGGAUACUACCGAGCAACUGAGAUCAGCUGACCCAGGUUUUAUUAUGUCAGUUGCCAUACCACUGGAAGAUGUGAUGAAUGGGAAGAAGGGUUCAGGAGCUGGGGAUAAAGCACCCUUUGCAGGCAGCUAUGGUAUAGCAGGAGAGAUCACAUUUACUACUGCCUCAGUACGCAGGACAGAAUAGUAGAAAGGUAAGCAGAUGGAGUAACAUGUUUGUUGUCUUGGCAAAGAGGCAAGUGGCGUGAUACAGUUCUGCACAUCAGUAAAGAUGGAGAGGGUUGGCUUCAGAUGUAAAACUGGAUCAACUGAGCAGGUGGAAGCAGCUGACACUACUUUCUACUUCCCAGGCAAGCCCAGAUAAUGCUGGAGUCAGGAGCCCUGCCAAGUGGGCGAGCUGUGGUGAUGGUGGUUGGGGCAACUCAGAACUGGGUGGAGGGAACCACUAUGACAGCAAAUUCUAGCCCCAACCUGGACAUUAUAAUGGGUAUGCUUAAGAGGGUUAAAUAGAGAUACAUUGUAUAAUGGGCUACACCCUUAGCACUUUACAACAAUCACUUUGCGAUCAAAGAAGGCAAAGAACUAUGUACAGAGUAACUGAAGUAUUUUAAGGAUUCCUCUAGCCUCUUGAAAGAUAGCACAGUAUUUUGAAAGGCGAUUGGGGUAAAAACUGCUACUAGGAAAGUAACACACCUCAGUGGCGGGCAUGCUAUUUUCUUAAGGUUUUCACUUUGGGAUCUGUGAACAGGUCUGUAGGUUGUUUUGUGUUAUUUUUUUUAAGCUAGGCGACUGCUGAUAGGAAGCCUAAAAUUAUAUUACAGACUUCUCUGGAUGAUAGUCUCUUAACUAAAACCCCACUGUUUUCAGUGGGAUGCUUUCUUGGGUAAUAACAUGCUUGCCUUUAUCGAUCCUAUACUCACCUAGUCCUGAAUAGGCAUAUACAGGAUUAUACCAUUAAUUCCAUUCAUUGAAAUUUAGCAGGGAAUUGAAAGUUUGAAGAUUGGCUAUAAAGCCCCAUCUGUUGCUGAAUCCCAUCAGGCAUUUUAGCUUAAGAGAGAGAAUUUAGUGCAUGGAGAAUGUAAUUGCACAUGCAGUUCCAAGCUGUACACAAGUAUACUUAGAAAACCACCUAAAUAAUCUCCCACAACAUUGUUAGCCCUCUUGACAUUUUAUUAACUUGCUGUGUAUAGUAAAAGCAAAGAUGGAAUAGACCUCUAUUCCAGCAUCCUCCUGUGUUGCUAUGAGGAGUCGGGAGAACUCCUGAGUUGGUCUCUAUGCUGAGUAUUGUCCAGAGAGCACGGCCUAUCCUCCACUGCCUGUCCUGCUCUCUCACCUUCAUAGACUUGCAUGCAGUAACCCAUAUGCAGUUCCUUAUUGCUUAAAUUCAAGGAUGUAUAUAGACACAUGCUCCCAGAAGCCCGUUUGCAUGCACAUAUGAAGUGUGGUGCAGGUGCUUUAAGACAGACAUUUAAAACUUAAUUAGUUGGGUGAGAGUAUCUUUUCAGAAGCAAAGUAGUGAGCAAAUUAUUAUUUCUAAAAUGUUAGUAUCUGAUAAGGACUGAAGAGAUACUGUUGGUUUCAUUUUGGAGCAUGAGCUUGGCCAGCUUCUGAGAUAGGGGUUUGUAACUUCCUUUUCUUUCAUGUAACAUGCUUGUUAUUAGAGAGUGGUAUGACAUAGAACUAUGUUGAAGGGCCACAGAAUAAAUGAUGUAAAAUGUCAAGCUUGCAGAACAAGUUGCCUUAGAGCAGAGAUUUUCUCUCUGGUGUUGUGUGUGAAAGAUAAAAGUAGAUUUUUUUUGUGAAACUGCUAGUAGGUCAUAGUAAUUCCUAGGUUUUGUACAGAUUUGCUAAAGAAUACAAUAGGGUUCUUUCCUAAACUUGGUUUCUGUUGAAAAACCUCUGGAAUCCAUUAUGUAUUUAUAUUGUCCCUUCAACUCCAGGGGAAAAAAGGUGGCUUGCAUCAUGCUCUCCCCACUUUUACUUUGGCCUCACAGCAACCCAGCAGGGUAGACUAGGCGGAGAGUCAUUGAUUGGCCCAGAGUCACCCCGUGAGCGUGUGAGACUGGAGUCCUCCAAGUGCCAGACCAGCAUUCAAACUAUUAAGCUACUCUGGAUCUCAAGGGUAGCUUUCCUAAUGUGGAACCUGCAGGAUGUGUUGGACAUGCUGACUGGGGAUGAUGGAUGUUGUGAUCCCAAACAAUAUGGGAGGUGCCCCAUUGUAGAAGGCUGGUGUAAAUGGACAUGUUCCAUGGUGCUGAGAAUUGAUUGCAUAGUAUACUAGGGUGUGGUAGAAUAGCCAAAAAUGAAGGAGUAAUAGAAAAUUAAAUGAAUGGAGGAAGAAUUCAACGAACUCUACAGUGCUAGUGUUUUAAAGUCACAGCAGUUUUCCGAAAGUGUGGCUGUAUUCCCACAGCUGUGAUGUGGAAGGUGCAAAUGCAGUCGGGGUGGUAGCAGAUGAGAUUGAUUUAGCCACAAGGUAUGCAGAGCUAUUCACUGGUUGUGGAUCAUUUAAUGCAGCUGCAUUGUAUUAUAGCAGCUUUAUGACAAAUUAUGGUUCUUCUUUUAACAAUCCAUUGAAACUGAACAAAUAGUUGAACAAUUAGCUUUUAUACAGUAUGGCAUCUGAGGCUUCAUUAGGUCCCUUCCUUUGGGAAAUCAAGCCAUGAAUAGAUGUAUCAGACAAAAAUGGUUAUAACACAACACACACACUUGGAGGUAGUUUACAAGUAUCAUGGGGCAGGGCUGACGCCUCCCCGCACCCCCAAGUGAUCUGCACUGGAUUGAUUUUAGCUAGUGAGGCCACAUUCCCUAAUAUUCUUUGGUCUCUGACUGGAGGAGGCAGCCUGUGCCAGGGAAAGCUACACCUAAGCCUCAACCAAGACACCAGCAGGAAAAACGUUAGAGGAUAUUGACUGAAAGUAGAAGAAUGAGCAUGCAGGAAGCAGGUGGUGUGCCUGUUCAUUCCUGUUUGGCCACAGCAAUUCUUCAGAGGUUAAACAGUCCAGGAAUUGCCCUUAUGUGUGAGCAAGGUCAGUAAGACAGCUCCUUCUCUCUUCCUGUAAGAGGCAGUUCACAGCAUGUACAACCUUAUUUAUACUGUUCUGAAGGAUAGGCUUUACUACUUAAGACCCGUUGCUAACUUUACUGAGUUGGUGUUUUUCCCUCCCAGAUUGAGAAGCGGUGCUGUCCAGCAUUUCACCCCAGAAUGGAAACCUGCAUCUUUAAUUUUAAAAUUAAUUAGCUAGUACAGCAAUAAAGCAAUGCAAGCAAUCUGAAUCC